GGGGUCACGUGUUGUCCAGCUUUGCCCAGGCAAAUCCCAGCUCAACAGUCAAAACACACGUAACUCAACAUAUACAUAUGCACAUAGAACAUACGUACACGUAAUAAGCGCACCUUCACGAUAUAGAUGUCACAGCACUCGAAACCAGGUGUCUGAACAGUUACGUUUAAGUCGUAAAAUGUGCGGAAGAACAGCUUGUACCCUUGCUCCUAACGAGGUGAGCCGAGCCUGCACCUACAGAGACCGAACAGGGCAGCGGAGACAGCCCCGCUGGAGGGAUGGAGAUGCGGACAAGUACCGGCCCUCUUACAACAAGAGCCCCCAGUCAAUGAGUCCUGUCUUGCUGUCGCAGAGGCAUUUCGAUGAGAAUGCUCCUGUGGAUGAGUGUGUGUUGGCCUCGAUGCGUUGGGGUCUUGUACCUGCUUGGUUUAAGGAGAAUGAUCCAAGCAAGAUGCACUACAGCACCAACAACUGCCGCAGUGAGAAUAUUUUGGAGAAGAAAUCAUACAAGUACCCCCUGACAAAAGGACAGCGCUGCGUUAUCCUGGCUGAUGGUUUUUAUGAGUGGAAGAGGCAGGAGAAAAACAAGCAGCCUUUCUUCAUCUACUUCCCGCAGACUAAAGGAUCCAGUCAGCAGAAAACAGAGGAUCAUGGUGACCCCACGACCUCAGCUCGCAAUAAGGUGAAUUCAGAGACGGCGUGCCCUGCAGAGGAGGCCUCCCUUGAUUUGACAGAGGAAGGUGAAGCACCAGGUGAAUGGACUGGAUGGAGGUUGCUGACUAUGGCUGGAGUGUUUGACUGUUGGACACCUCCAGACGGUGGAGAGCCCCUUUACACUUACAGUGUAAUCACUGUGAAUGCUUCCCAAAACCUGCAAGACAUCCAUCAUAGGAUGCCAGCAGUCCUGGAUGGAGAGGAAGAAGUGAGAAGAUGGCUUAACUUUGGGGAAGUGAAGUCUCUAGAUGCCCUGAAACUGCUCCAGUCUAAAAACAUUUUGACUUUUCAUCCUGUUUCUUCACUCGUCAACAACUCACGCAACAAUUCUCCAGAGUGCCUUCAGCCAGUGGAUCUUGGCAGUAAAAAGGAGCCCAAGCCCACAGCCAGCAGUAAGAAGAUGAUGAACUGGCUGACGAGCAGCUCACCUUCAAAGAGGAAGGAGUCCAACCCAUGCAAGAGUAAAGAAGAGCAAGAAUUCAAGGCAGAGACUAAGCGCAAGUCUACAGGAGCUCUUCAGCAGUGGCUUCAGGUAGCCAAUAAGAAACAAAGAACCAAGUGAAGAUAUGAAUAUAUGGACUUAAAACUAGUUUUGAAAACCAUUUAGGCCUUAUUUUUUCUACAUAACUGUUUUUAUUGACAUGAGACAAACACUGUAUGUUUCCAGAUCUCAUUAAUAAAUGUCAGAAAUAAACACAGUAUGCUUUA